CUCGUGAAUUCUCGUGGAACACACAUAGACGUUCUAUCAAUAAUAUUAUUAUUAUACACCUACGUUUACAUUUGGUUUGCACUUUGCAUUCGUAUCCUGGAUAAACAUUCAUUUACUAAAGCACAGCGGCUAUUUCUUGCUGAUUUCUAAUAGUUAAAUCUGGGUAGAAGAACCUUUAAAAAUGGAUUCUUUACGUGAACAAGUUAUGAUAAAUCAAUUUGUACUAGUGGCUGGAUGUGCACGAGAACAAGCUAAACAGCUACUUCAGGCAGCACAUUGGCAAUUUGAGACGGCAUUGUCAAUAUUCUUUCAAGAGGUAGCAAUUCCAGCUGGAGCAAAUGGGAUAGCUGCACCACAUUACCCUCAGCAACUCAUGACACCAUGUAAUACUCCUGCAACACCACCAAACUUCCCUGAUGCCUUGGCGGCAUUUUCUCGACUAUCGACGACCGGAAGUCCGGCCAACGUAAGCGCGGGGGGCGGCAGUGGCAUGGCGCCGCCCGUCUCCCCCCUCGCCACGCACCCCCCACCGACGCAAAUGCAGAUGAACACAUUCGCUGGUUCUCCUAACCCGCAGGCCAACUAUACUGCGCUGUCCUGUUCAACUUCAAUCUGCAGAGAACAUAUGCCAAGAUAAGCAGAAGUGUAGGUUAGAAUCGUCUAUAAUUUAUUUUUCUAAUGGUGCGUUGUGAGCUGUGGACUUGUGAAUAUUAUUUCCAACACCCCACCACAGCUUAGGUUUGCUGGACAAUAUUUGGGGUGCUAUAGUCAAUCAUGUUAAACAUAAAAUAACUAACUGUUCAUUAUAGUGGUUUCUAAAACAAAUUGCACUAUAGAUAGUAAAUAUUAAUACUAGGGUAUCUGACAUGUUAUACUACUCUUAAUUUAUUCAAAGCCUAAUGAGAAUUUAGGAAACUAUAACAUCAGUGUGAUAAGAUUGGGAAGUCUAUGAGCAUAUUCAUUGGCUAAUUAGGAUACAAAACAGCCUACUAUUCUGACAGCCAAUCAACAUAUUAGGAUGUCUAGGAUCCUAACAGAAUUUGGACGGGUUCAUAUCUUCCUUGCCUGGCUUUUUGUUAACAAAGUGAAACAGUAAAACGUUAUCGCAUUUAGAAAAUCAAAAUCCUCAUGGUUUUCGUCAUAUUAAACAUGGAUACGUGUUAUCAAGAUAAUUACUAAAAAUUUUUUUUUUUUUGUUUUGAGAUAGUAUGUGUAAUAUGUGUAUUAUACUAGUAAUAUGUACCCGCUAAGCUCUUAUUAUAGUACAUAUUAUAUAAAUUUAGUUUUUUUUUUAUUGAAUGUCCUUCCUUAUAUAAAGUCUAAAAAUGAUUUCAAUUGCUAAUAUUCUGCGACAAAUAAUACUGUAUUUUUUAUUAUGACUUUUUAUAGUAAAACGAAAAUGUGAAUCUGUAAAAUAACAAAGGUGUCAACAUUCAACAUAAAUAUUUAAUAAAAAUCCGAUCGAAUACAAUCUAUCAAUUCAGCAUCAUUAUCAUAUCAACCGAUGGACGUCCACUGCUGGACAUAGGUUCUUGGGGGGAGUUCCAAGUACCAAGGUCUUGUGCCGCUUGAGCCUAGCGGUUCCCUGCGACUUGCCUGAUGUCAUCCAUAGCGGCUAUCUAUCUAUCUAUCAAUUACUACUACUUUUAUAAGUAAAAGUUGAAGAAUGUUUAUAUACGCUACAUAUUGUAGCAUUUGCAAUGUAACCAUGGAAAAGUUAAUCGUGUAUCUAUUUUAAUAGCCCUGUGUAUAAAAUAUAUAAGUUAAAAUUGUGAAAUUAGGAUAAAGCAAAACCCGUGUUUCUUUCUCGCAUCAUUUAAACAACAAUUUGUUUAAAUGAUGCGAGAAAGAAACAUGGGUUUCAUAUUCAGUUUGACUUUGUAUACGUUAACCAUUGCAGCACUAUUUGUUGGCAGUGGUAUGUAUUAAAUAAUACCCGCACUAUCAGUGGUGCACGCCGGUAGUGUCACGGUCCAAAAAGAUUUAUUUCAUGGCGUCACAGUAUAUUGAGGUUCCGUUUAUAUCUUGGCCUAUAUUUUUGUCAGGUUUUCAGUUUUGGAAAUCCGAAGACUGACAAUGCAGAAAAGGUAAAUUGAAUUAUUUGUUAAGCUAAUUGUUUGCCUGCUUGCUUCGUCGUGUGUUCAGGGCUUUGCGGGUCGAUUGCGCAAUUUGCCAUUAUAGCAAUUGUUGUUAUUGGCUGAGUUACGCUUGCACAAAAAUUCCUUAUUUUCUCAAUAAGCGAAUAUUGUCGGCCCAUUAGAAAGUUCGGCACACUGUCUUUCUUAGACAACUGACCCACUUAUUUUAUCUGAUAACUGAUAUGAUAUAUUUCGUCAAAAUUUGGAACUCCAUCGCAAACCUUCCUUUCGGUAUUCAGUAUUCUACAAGAUGCAUUUCAUUUCAGAGCAGACCAUUUUGAAUUUGGCUCCAUCUACACCUUUUUACGAAUUGCAAGUAAAGAUUUACCUCUACGUAGUUGAUAUCGUAUAAAGCGCUUUCCUUAAUCGUUUUUAAUUCGUACUGAAAAGAUCCGGAAUGUCGUUUCAGCUUUCAUCUUCCCCGAUAGGUACCGGGCUUCUUCAAAUCAACAGUUUAUAGUUAUCUACUUGCGCUAUCAUGCAUGGCAUGCGCUAUCUUAGGCCGCAUCAACGCUUUUCAUCAGGUGUGAUUGCAGUCAAAAGCUGUCUUUGAUUAUUUCCGGACUUUGGUUGGGCGCCCGUAGUGUGUCUUAUGCUUUCGAAAAGUAAUGCGUUACGUGACAUGCCCGUGUCAAUUUUUUUUUUAGUAUUCACGCAUGAUACUCUCACUAACUGAAAAGCAAGCUCUUUAGUGUGUGAGAGGACGAAAUGCGUGCAAAACUGCUAACAUAC